CCACAGCUGCGCGGAGGUUUCCUUCCCCCAGGUUGAACUACAGACGGUAAGUCCUCCGUCCAGUCAGCAAGUCUAGGUUGUCCGCCAUUUUGGAUCUGUAUUGCAGCAUUUCUACAGGUGCCAAUGCCUCGCCGUAUUGACGUGCAUCACCACAUCUUCCCUAAAACUCUCAGCAAAAGUGCACAAAGCGAGUCUGUCGGCUUCAAAACUCCAGAGGAAAAUCUGCCAUGGUCACCGGAGCUCAGCUUGAAAGCGAUGGACUCGUUGGGCGUCGACGUUGCCAUACUCUCGCUCCCCGCUGGGCUACCCCCAGGACCCAGUGGCCCUGAGAAUCGUAAGGCGGCAAGAGAGUUUAAUAUCAUGGCGGCACAGAUCUGCAAGGAGUAUCCUGAGAGAUUCGGGUUCUUCGCCUCGCUGCCUAUCCCGAGCGAUGCUCAGGCUGCGGUUAUGGAACUGACGUACGCUCUGGAUGUGCUGCGUGCAGAUGGCGUGGCAUUGGCGUCUUCCUACGGUGAAGGAGCCGCCGCGACGUAUAUUGGUGAUGACAGUUACGAUGCUGUUUGGGAAGAGCUUGACAGGAGAGGCACUGUGGUAUUCCUGCACGGAACGCAGACGCCCUCUUCGACGCCGUACCCGCAUCCGUUUCUUGGUAUUCCGAUUACAGAGGUCCCAAAUGAGACAUUCAAAGCUGCGGCCCACUUGGUGGUGACAGGUAAGAAGAGGCGGUGGAGCAACGUGAAGAUCAUCCUCGCACAUUUAGGUGGAAGUCUAACAUCCCUUGCUCCACGCGUCGCUCGUUUGUCACACUACAUGGGUUGCGAGUUGGCGCCGAGCGAGAUUCUCGAGGACUUUGGCAGCUUCUACUUCGACACCGCUUUGAGCGCUCAUGAAACUACCCUCUCCGCAGUCGAGAGCUUCGCGAUGCCCGGCCAUGUCUUAUUCGGAACCGACUUUCCAGCCGUCAGCGUGGAUGUCGCGAGAUAUUACACCGAGAAUGUGGAGAAAUACUACAAGGAUCGUCCGACUAAACUUAAUGAGACCGCAGCCAAACUUUUCAAUAAAAUCGACAUCCGUGACGAGCAAGGGUGAUCGACGGCAAUAACCAUUGUAGAAAGGUUAUUCAACUCCCUGUUGUAAGACCGAGCAUUAGCAGUUUCUACAUGGAAGAAUUAGCAGUAUAUAUUCUACGA